AAAGUAGCUUGAGAAAGGCAGAAACUAGAGCCGCAGACCGAAAGCGGCCGACUCAUCUCCGCUCGCGGAGAGACACCGCGCGCCUGUGUGCCGCGCGCUGCGCUUCAGACGCGCAGGGAGGAAGCCGCGCUUCCUCUUCUCUCGUGGCUGCGCGCUCGAGCUGCCGCUGGACCAGCAAGAACAGCUUUGAACCGGUUUGUCACCGGCUACAAAGCAGUAUAAAAAAAAAGAGGAGAGAGAAAAAGCCAGCGCACAAUGAGCACUGUUGCUGCCGAGCGGUCCCCCCCCAUUCACACGCAUAUCUCAUAACGCAAAAAAAAAAAAAAAAAAAAAAAAAGACAGAAAAGAAAAACAUCCGUGUGCGAUGCUGUUUUUGCGGCUGAUCUUUUGCAAAGACUGUCAGAGGGAGAGAUUUUUCUGGGCAUGAAAAGUUCCCGCAGAGCGCGCAGCUCCGCAGGCGCUGUUUGCUGCUGUAGAUGCUGAGGAACUUCUCCUCAGUAAAAGCUGUAACAGAUCCCAGUGGGCCGCCGUAACAUCAGCACCAUGACUUCGUCCGCUAAAGUCCUGGAUGGAGGCUGGGGAUGGGCCAUCGUCGCCGCGUCCUUCAUGGCCCAGUUCCUGGCCUUUGGAUCACCCCAGUCCGUGGGCGUCCUGUACCCGGAGUGGCUGCACACCUACCAGGAGGGCAAGGGCAUGACGGCCUGGGUGGGCUCUCUGGUGGGAGGAGUGGGAUUAAUAGCGAGUCCCAUCUGCAGUGCCUGCGUAGACAACUUCGGCGCGCGUCCUGUGACCAUCUUCAGUGGCGUCAUGGUGGCAGGCGGCCUGAUGCUCAGCGCCUUUGCUCCAAACGUCCAGUUCCUCAUAUUCUCCUAUGGGAUUGUCGUUGGCCUGGGUUGCGGUCUUGUCUACGCAGCCACCUUGACAAUCACCUGUCAGUACUUUGACGAGAGACGCGGCCUCGCCCUCGGCAUUGUCACCACAGGCACCAGCGUGGGCGCGUUCAUCUACGCCACCGCUCAGACCGAGCUGAUUGUCCUCUACGGCCUGGACGGCUGCCUGCUCAUCAUCGGAGCCAUAGCGCUGAAUCUCAUGGCGUGCUCUGGCUUCAUGAGGCCCCUCAACCUGCCGGGGUACUACCUCAAACAAAAGGCCGCCCUCGAGCGAAGCACAGAGGAGCAGCUCUUCGUGAAGCCGCCGUUCGAUGACCUCAAGAUUGCGGUGGGCUCUGCGACAGCCACUCCGGAGAAACCGCUCAAGGAGUUGCUCAUCACCAUCGAUGCCAAGGACUUGUCCAUUCAGACAGAGAAGAAAGAGGGAUCCCUGGGUGGGCUGGCCAUCGUCAAGGCAAUCAAGAAAAAGCAGAAGGCUUACUCCAAGUACAUGCAGUCAUUGUACGAGAUCCUGCAGGACCAAGAGAUGGUCGCCUUCUGCAUUGCCAUCUUCCUGUUCAGCUUGGGCGCGUUCCCGCCGGUCCUCUUUAUCGAGGACGUGGCACAGAGUGAGGGACUCAUUGAAGAAGUCAGCGUCUUUCCCCUUGUGUCAAUAGGAGCUAUUUCCACUUGCAUAGGCAAGCUAGCCCUGGGCAUCCUGGUGGACGUCAAAUGGAUCAACGGCAUCUAUCUGUACGCCUUCACCAUGUUUGCAGGAGGCCUGUCGCUGCUCCUUAUCCCCGUCACCAAAACUUACGUUGGACUGCAGAUCCUGACUGCUAUCCUGGGUUUCUUCUCUGGAAACUGGUCGCUCACUUCUUACAUCACCACUAAGAUCGUUGGCUUGGACAGACUGACACAAGCCCACGGCAUCCUCAUGUUCUUCGGGGGAUUUGGGGUCAUGCUCGGACCCCCUGUUGUAGGGUGGUUUUUCGACUGGACGCAGUCAUACGACUUGGCGUUCUACUUUAGCGGGAGCUGUGUGCUGUUGGGAGCUUUUAUCCUCUUCAUACUCAGCCUUCCCUGCUGGAACAGGAAGCCCUUGGACAAUGACAAACCCGAAGUCCAAUACACCUGCACUUGUGACAAAGUGGCCUCAGUAGCCUGAAUUUAAGCACUAUCUAUGAACAUCACGGCACCUGCUGCUCCAUGACUGUUCCCGAAGUAUGCCCAAAAGAAAAUCUCCUAGAGGAUUUUUUUUCUUUUUCUCUGAAUAUGCUGGGAUGUCUUCUUUAUUUCUGCUGCCCGAUUUCAAUACACCAGGUUCUCAGGUUCAACCCGCUGACAACAGAUAUUUUUGAAGUGUUGACUCUAAAGCCUUUUAAUGACUGUUUUUCUUAUUAUUACCUCAUUUUACGAGGUUGACAGAACAAUGUCAGUAACAAUCCAGGCUUUCUUCUUUUCUUUUUUUAAUCUGAAGACAGUUCAGUUUUUCGUCUUCUCUGUAGCUCUGAAAACAUGAAAUCGUGCAACCAAUCAGAUCAGGAAAAUCCUCCUGAAAACCACCAAGUGUAACAAAGUAAAAACCUGUUGUCAAAACGCACAUAUAUCCAUCCAUUUUAUAGUAGAUGGCUGGGAUAUUGUAUGUAGGCUGGAACCCUCUUUGGAUACUCUUGAAGAGUAGCAUUUGAUUUUGUAUUUUGGUGUCAGUAAAGCAAUCGCUUCACUCUGUGUUACCAAAGCAUCCAAGUUAGCCAAUGCCUGUCAUCACAUCAUGCCUGUUGAAUCAAUGCAUAGGCCUUGCUUUGUCAUGAACGUUUAAUAUUUACGAGCAUCAAUUUAGUUGAGUUUUUAAUGUUUUACGAUAACUUGAACUCAGCGUACCUCGUGCUUCUGGGUCCGACAGCUAACUCUGAAACAUAAUGGGUGAAAAGGCUGUGUGUCACGGCAUUUCUGCAGCAUGCCGACUCUGUGCUGCACGUGUUUAUCAUGGGACCUCACAGACCUCUCUGGUCCUUUUCCAUCGCCUUCUGUGUCUUUGUAUGUUUUUUGUUUGUUUUUGCGUGUGUCACGCACACACAAGUUCGCUUAUGUGGUAUGUCUUUGUAUUAGCCCUAGUUUCCAAAGCCCUAUGUGCUAGUGACUUUUAUAUGCACAAAACUGGCCAUAGAGCUGCCUAAAAUUGUUAUCAAGGUGGUUAUUGAUUUUGAUUUCAACUGUAACAGCUUUUCAAACUGUGUGAAUACUGUUAAGUAAACCACUACAGAUGUUUUUUGUUUGUUUGUUUUUUUGUAGCUCCAGUUUCAGGUCUGAGAGAAAAUCUGGGACAUUAGUAUUUAGCAUUAGUUUGUUCAUAGAGGAUGCAGAUGAGGUACUGUAGCCAUUUGACUGUAUGUUGUAGCCUCUGUUUUUUUUUUUAUUAUUUCGUCACUGUAAUAUUUAUGUCAGCCUUUCAGUUCCUUUGUUUUAUUUAAAAUGUGCCAAUAAAGAUGUUUUGAUUAGUA